UUCUCGUCAUGAGGAGGAACAUCUGUAGUCACAUGACUGGAUACAUUCACAGGGGUUCAUCCAGUAUUUUCUCUAACAUACCUGAUAAACAUGCCUACCACACAGCAGUCACCCCAGGAUGAGCAGGAGAAGCUUUUGGAUGAAGCAGUGCAGGCAGUGAAGGUUCAGUCAUUUCAAAUGAAGCGCUGUCUGGACAAGAACAAGCUAAUGGAUGCCCUGAAACAUGCCUCAAAUAUGUUGGGGGAGUUGAGGACUUCGAUGCUUUCUCCCAAGAGCUACUAUGAACUCUACAUGGCUAUCUCAGAUGAGCUGCAUUACUUGGAGGUGUAUUUGACAGAUGAGUUUGCCAAAGGUCGCAAAGUGGCUGACCUCUAUGAGCUUGUUCAGUAUGCAGGAAACAUCAUCCCCAGACUGUACCUGUUGAUAACUGUCGGAGUGGUGUACGUUCGCUCUUUUCCCCAAUCACGCAAAGACAUUCUAAAGGACCUGGUGGAGAUGUGUCGAGGGGUGCAGCAUCCUCUACGGGGUCUGUUCCUCAGAAACUACCUGCUGCAGUGCACGCGCAACAUCCUGCCCGAUGAUGGAGAGCAGGCUGAGGAGGAGAUGACUGGAGACAUUAAUGACUCCAUUGACUUUGUACUGCUGAAUUUCGCUGAGAUGAAUAAACUUUGGGUGCGAAUGCAGCAUCAGGGACACAGUCGGGACCGGGAAAAGAGAGAGAAGGAGAGACAGGAGCUACGUAUCCUCGUAGGGACCAAUCUGGUCCGACUGAGCCAACUGGAAGGAGUCAAUGUGGAAAAGUACAAACAGAUUGUGCUAUCUGGGAUCUUGGAGCAGGUGGUCAACUGUAGAGAUUCUCUAGCACAAGAAUAUCUUAUGGAGUGCAUAAUACAGGUCUUUCCAGAUGAGUUUCACCUGCAGACGCUGAACCCAUUCCUUCGCUCGUGUGCCGACCUGCACCAAAACGUCAACGUGAAGAACAUCAUUAUUGCCCUGAUUGACAGAUUGGCUUUGUUUGCUCACAGAGAAGAUGGCCCUGGAAUCCCUGCUGAGAUCAAGUUAUUUGACAUUUUCUCACAGCAAGUGGCGACUGUCAUACAGUCACGUCAGGACAUGCCAUCUGAGGAUGUUGUUUCAUUGCAAGUGUCUCUUAUAAACCUGGCUAUAAAGUGCUACCCUGAUCGUGUGGACUAUGUGGACAAAGUGUUAGAGAGUACUGUGGAAAUCUUCAACAAACUCAACCUGGAACACAUCGCCACCAGCAGCGCCGUAUCUAAGGAGCUGACCAGGCUGCUGAAGAUCCCUGUGGACACGUACAAUAAUAUCCUCACUGUGCUGCAGCUCAAGCAUUUUCCCCCGCUCUUCGAGUACUUCGAUUAUGAGUCGCGCAAAAGCAUGAGCUGUUACGUGCUGAGCAACAUCUUGGAGUACACCACCACCAUAGUGGCACAAGAUCAGGUUGAUGCAAUCUUAAACCUGGUGUCAACACUGAUCCAAGACCAGCCAGAUCAGCCAGCCGAGGAUCCCGACCCAGAGGACUUUGCAGAGGAACAGAGUCUAGUGGGCCGCUUCAUUCAUUUGCUGCAUUCAGACGACCCUGAUCAGCAGUAUCUGAUUUUAAACACAGCCAGGAAACACUUUGGCGCUGGAGGGAACCAGCGCAUUCGACACACUCUGCCCCCGCUGGUGUUCGCUGCUUAUCAACUGGCCUUCCGCUACAAAGAGAACUCCUCCUCGGAUGAUAAAUGGGAAAAGAAAUGUCAGAAGAUUUUCUCAUUCGCCCAUCAGACCAUCAGCGCUCUGAUCAAAGCAGAGCUGGCGGAGUUGCCCCUAAGGCUUUUUCUCCAGGGGGCUCUGGCUGCCGGAGAGAUCGGCUUUGAGAAUCACGAAACCGUUGCCUACGAGUUCAUGUCUCAGGCGUUCUCCCUGUACGAGGAUGAGAUCAGCGACUCAAAGGCUCAGCUGGCCGCCAUCACCUUGAUCAUUGGCACAUUCGAGCGCACCAAGUGCUUCAGCGAAGAGAACCACGAGCCCCUGCGCACCCAGUGCGCGCUGGCCGCCUCCAAACUGCUAAAGAAGCCCGACCAGUGCCGUGCUGUCAGCAUCUGUGCCCACCUGUUCUGGUCUGGACGCAACACCGACAAGGGCGGAGAAGAGAUUCGUGAUGGGAGGAGAGUGAUGGAAUGCCUGAAGAAGGCUCUGAAGAUCGCCAACCAGUGCAUGGACCCGUCUUUGCAAGUUCAGCUCUUCAUUGAGAUCCUCAACAGAUACAUCUGCUUUUAUGAGCGGGAGAACGAUGCGGUGACGGUUCAAGUACUGAAUCAGCUGAUUCAGAAGAUCCGCGAGGAUCUUCCAAACCUGGAGGCCAGCGAAGAGACGGAGCAGAUUAACAAACACUUCCACAAUACACUGGAGCACCUGCGUCUGCAGAGGGAGUCACCCGAGUCUGAGGGACCUGCUUACGAGGGGCUGGUGCUGUAGGGGUGCCACGCAUCUACAUUUAUAUAUGUGUACACACGCAUAGAGAGAUAUAAGUAUAUGCCCACAUGUGCACACCAGGGUAUUCCAGCCAGGGUAAAACAAAGCCAAAUCCACCUGCCUCUUCACUCAUUCCUCUCAUUGCUCAUAUUUAGUCUUUUCUUCCUCUACCUCUCUCUCUCUCUCUGACUCCCUCCCUCUUUAUCUUGUGCGCUGUUUCAUCGUGAAUUCUUCAGAGAACACUGUAUGCAUUGCACUUACUUUGCGCUUCUUUCAGAUUACUUUUUCCUCCUGAUGACAUUGUUGCCAUACUCUAAAGAAAUUAGUAAAAGUAAAAAAAAAUAGUUGCAUCACCACUGCCCUGCAGUCCAAACAGGAGGAAAAAAUUCACUUUAUUGAGCCAUGCAUUGUUAUGGUCUUUGUUUUGGAGGACCUGCACUUGAGUCUUUAUUUUUCAGCAUUAGUAUUUUAAAUGUCACGAUGAGUUAGAGACAUUUGUGUAACUAACAAAAGGUCUUGAUUCGCUGCAUUUUUUUUUAAACACACCUUUUACUCUUCGGCAGAAACUUUGGUGGAGUGGGGCAGUGUGUUAACUAAUACAUGAAAUGGGUGAACAUGUGUAUAGACUCUGUUAAUGAAUGAGUAGCUGUGGCUGUGAAUCAAAAAAAAAACAUUGUCAGAAGCCUUGUUAUUUGAACUAUCUCUUGCAUUGUGUCUUCUUUUUUGAAUUAUGAUUCCCCUUCCUUUCAUAUAUUGUAUGUAUAAUCUAAUUGUAAAUCAGUUAAAACAAAGUAUCAUUGAUUUCAUGACAUUUGCACAAAUAAAAAUGAUAUUAACCCCA